UUACAAAUUCUUUUGACAGAUGACAGUUGACACAUGUUUGUUUUAUGUUUAUUGCCCCUCACUCCUCAGUGUCAGUGCCCCUCACAGGCUCACUCUUACUUGCUCUGUGGCUCACUCCGUUUACCGGCGUUUGCCACAGAGCAAGUAAUAUAGGUAAGUAAGCAAAAAUGGACGAGGAACUUAAGAAGCUAAAGUCUAUUCUCCGCUCUCUUGUUGUUUCAAGCCCGGUAACAGUGAAUAUGACCUCUUUGCUGAAAGACUACCGGGAGAUGGUUGGCUCCCCACUGCCUUUGACCAAAUUUGGCUAUAGAGACCCCCUUCAGUUUUUACAAGAGCGAUGCAGCGAUUGUUUUAUAUUUCUAGGGCCUCCCAAAAAUCCAGAAUUAAUGUUAAUAGUACCAGACUCGUUGAAACAUAUUGAUAAGUUUGUACAAAAGCAAAGGAUAUCACCAUUUGUAAAAUUUAGGGGUAAGAGAAGAAGUGUGUUAGAAUCGAAUUUAAAGCCAAAUAAUGUAGAAACAAAGAAAGAAGAACAACAAACGACUAAAAGCAGAUUAGUAGAAGAGGAAAGAAUGGAUCUGCCGGCAUUCCAAAGCAAUCAGAAUUCUUUACAUGAAGUGGAGUCCAGCAGAUCACAGGAUCAUCUUAGCUCUGGACGGCUGACAUCAUCUAGUGGUAGAAGUUUGAAGGAAGCGUUAGAAGAAUUAAAAGAAGAGCUGAAAACUCUUAUCUGUGAACAACCAGAGCCAGUUUGGUGUAGUGACUUGUUGGACAUGUAUAAGGAGCGUUACGGGCGCAAUCUGAACUUCUCGCGGUUCGGGUUCUUGAGCGUGGCGGGCCUGGUGUGCCAGCUGAGCGGCGUGCGCGCGGCGCAGGCGGGCGACGGCGACUGGCGCGCGUGGCCCGCCACCGCGCCCGCGCCGCGCCCCGUCCCGCUCCCGCCGCGCCGCCUGCCCCCGCCCGCCGCGCCGACAGACGACGCGCUGCCUGGUGUCGCUUACGAGCCGGACGUGUUCCCCGCGGACUGCAUGCAGCUGGGCGAGGCGCUGGGCGCGGCGCCGCUGGGCGACGUGCGCGCGGGCGACCUGCUGGAGGUGAUGCUGGGCGAGGUGUACUCCCCCUCGCACUUCUGGAUGAUGCGCCUGGGCGACGAGUUCGACAUCGCGCUCGACGCCGUCAUGGACGAGAUGACCAAGUACUACUCCCGCGGCGAAGGCGCAGGGCGGCGGCUGGCCGUGGGCGCCGUGCGCGAGGGGCACUGCGUCGCGUCCUGCUACGACGGCGACUGGCACCGCUCCGUCAUCGUGCGCAUCAUGGAUUGUGAUACUGUCAAGGUGCGGUACGUGGACUACGGCACGGUGGAGGCGUGCGCCGUGUCGGGGCUGCGGCCGCUACUGCGGCGCUGGGCCGCUCUGCCCGCGCAGGCGCUGCGGGCCCGCCUGGCCGGCGUCGCGCCCGCGCACAGCCGCGAGUGGCCACGCCCCGCCGCCGCCGCCUUCCUCGCCGCCGUGCGCGAGCGCCGCCUCGUGGCGCACGUGCUCAGCGCGCCACAGGAGGACGGGAUCCUCGAAGUACUUCUAAUCGACACAUCAACGGAGGAGGACGUGUGCAUCCAUUCGGAGCUGAUCCGCGCGGGCCACGCCGUGCUCUGCACCACGACCCCCUCCAAGUCGGAGAGCUACCUGUACCCGACGUUCCACGCGCUGGAGAACGGGCUCACGCCGAACUAGAUCCACGCGUAAAUCCGCGACGGCGUCAUGCUGGACUUCGUGGAGGAGUACCGGCGCCACGUGCCCGCCGCGCUGCCCUCCCCCUCCCCCUCCACCUCACC